AUGCUACGCGUGCAGAAGGCGAAGGAGUCGAAAUGCAUCAAGGACGACAAGGACGACAAGCGGCGCAAAUUCGCCGUCAAUCGCAAGAUAGAGUUGUUGGAAGCUGAGCAGCAGCUCCUCGACGACCUCCUUGCGGCGAUCCGAGCAGCGAACCCGCAGCAACUGAAUGGUCUCAUCAACCUCAUUCAGAGUCAUGUCACCAAGAAUGACCUUCGAACGCAUAUUGCGGAAGUUAUUGCAGACCCCUCUGAAAGUCCAACGUCGCCAGAAGACUCGUCAUCAGUCAUUACUCACCGACGUCGUCGUAUGUUAGGUCGCAUACAAGAUCUCGUCAACCCCAUCAUCACUGUACCUGCGUAUCCAUGGACAACAGUUACCGAUGAUGAUGAUCUCGUCUCGCACCUCAUCUCACUGUGGUUCACAUGGUCGCAUCAAUGGUGGCAGUGGGUCGAAAGGAAGUCAUUUCUCGAGGCUAUGCAAACAGGAAACACAGAGAGCCUGAUAUGCACGCCUUACCUCGUAAAUAUGAUCUUAGCAGACGCUUGUCUGUUAGAGACUAUGACAGAAAAUGAUAACGGUCCGAAUGUUUGGCUCGGUGAGCAGUUCUACCAUGAAGCCAGAAGGGGCCUCGAGGAAGAACAAGGCCGAGUUUCGUUUCCCUUCCUCGCUACCCUUGGCGUGCAGUGGACAUAUCUCAAUGCCAACGGCCAAGACAAGUUGGGAAACCCGAUCCUAUAUCAACAAAUGUACCUCGCCAAAGACCUCGAGAAAUGGCAAACGCGUGUCGAGCAGGGUUUGAACCUCACAGAACAAGAGUUGAAAGUCAUUGACACGAAUGUGACUUAUCUCUCGUGGACACUGUUCGCGUUGAGCUCGCUGACACUGAUCAAUCUGGAAGGAGCACAGCCGCUAACGCCACCGAAGCGGUCCAAACCACCAAUGGGACACGAAGCGUUUGGUGAGAGUCAGACAUGGCAGCCUUACCCUCAACCAAGCCAUCCGUAUGCAUUCCAUGCGGGGUGUCACUUCCAUGCAUUCUUAUCGUUGUCCGAAAAAGUGAUGCAAGAUGAGGUCCUGUUCAAAUCGAAUGAUCAGUCGGACAAAGUUAUGGAUCGUUUUGGAGAGGUCUAUCACCAGCUGGAGAACUGGCCACAAGAUCUGCCCGACUGUAUGAAAUUGCAUCCGAGGUCAACACCCCAUGUGCUGGCAUUGCAUGGUCUCCACAAAUGGAUCAUGUUGAUCCUCUCCAAACAAAUGUCGGCGUUUGAUGCAGGAGAACCUGACAAGCCGAUAGUAACCAAAACACCACGAUCGACAGAACAAGCGCACUGGCAGGAAGUAUGUAUCGGGACGUCAAUUGACAUCAGCAAGAUUCUUGAACGGCACCGCAUCGACUGGGGUAAUGAUCGAUUUCCCGUCAUCGUCAUGAGGCCGGUCAGCCUGGCGCCAUUUGCAUUGUUGGAAGGUCUCUCUAAGCGACCACAGUCACAAGAAGCCAUUAUCGAGCUGUGCAUCUGCAUUACUGCGGCUUCGCGUCGUUUCCGCGUGGGUAAAGACAUUCUCAAAGCCAUUGGCACCGUUGCGCGGCGGGACAACAUCCAGUUGCCCUCGCCGUGCUAUCGCAUGAUAGACGCCAUGACGCGGUCGUGGGAAGACAGCAGAUCGACCACUACUGGUCAACUACCCUCGACAGGCGUGGAUUAUUUGUUGGAGAAGUGGGAUGAUUUGGAUCUCGACUAA